AUGGGGCUUGGACAGUCCAGCAAAUCGGCUGUCACCGAGGACACUGAAGAGGUCAACUUUGACCAUUUCCAGAUCCUGAGAGCGAUUGGGAAGGGGAGUUUUGGAAAGGUAUGCAUUGUACAGAAGAAAGACACCAAGAAGAUGUACGCCAUGAAGUACAUGAACAAGCUGAAGUGCGUGGAGCGCAACGAGGUCCGAAAUGUCUUCAAAGAGUUGCAAAUCAUGCAGAACCUGGAGCAUCCAUUCCUGGUCAACUUCUGGUACUCCUUCCAGGACGAGGAGGACAUGUUCAUGGUGGUGGACCUGCUCCUGGGGGGUGACCUGCGCUACCACCUGCAGCAGAACGUGCACUUCUCCGAGAGCACCGUCAAACUGUACAUCUGCGAGAUCGCCCUGGCACUGCACUAUCUGAGGGGCAAAUGCAUCAUCCACAGAGAUAUCAAGCCAGACAACAUCCUGCUGGAUGAACACGGCCACGCACAUCUGACAGACUUCAACAUCGCUGCUGUGGUGAAGGAGGAUUUAAAAGCCACAUCAAUCGCCGGGACUAAACCAUACAUGGCCCCAGAGCUGUUCCAGCCUUUUGAAGGAACUCACCCCGGAUACUCCUUCGCAGUGGACUGGUGGUCUCUGGGCAUCACGGCUUAUGAGCUUCUACGAGGACAGAGGCCUUACGUGAUGCGGUCCAGCACGCCAGCCAAUGAGAUCCUGCAGGCCUUCCACACCGUCCACAUCUGCUACCCCGCCACCUGGUCCACAGAGAUCAAGUCCCUGAUAAGAAAGCUGCUGUGCAUUGAUGUGGAGAGGCGUCUCUCCAGUCUCUCUGAGCUGCAGGACCUGGACUACCUGUCUGAUGUCAACUGGGACUCUGUUUUGAACAAGCAGAUUCCUCCUGGCUUCAUUCCCAACAGGCGGAGGCUGAACUGCGACCCCACCUUCGAGCUUGAGGAGAUGAUCCUGGAGUCCAAGCCACUCCACAAGAAGAAGAAGAGGCUGGCGAGAAAGACUCGGGAGCACGGGUCCGAGAGCUCCCCUCAGAACGGUCAGUUGCAGCAGCGCCUGGAGAAUGUUCAAAGGGAUUUCAUCAUCUUCAACAGAGAGAAGUUAAAGAGAGCCAAGGAGGACACAGAGGGAAAUGAUGUCAGCGUUAAAGAAAAGUAUGAGGACAUCGAAGACGGGCAAAACAACAACAUAGACCCGGCCGCCUACGUGUCAGGGUAGUAACAUCUCUCGAAGCCCCUUCCCUGCGUGUUGCCUGGAUGCAGCUUGUUCAAGGACUGUUGCUGUCCCACCCCCAUCCCUCUGUAUCAGUGUGUGACAUCACUGGUCAGAAGUAGAAGACAAAACCCCC